GAGGCUUUUGCCAUAUGGGAAAAGCAGGUGGCUCCUACAGCACUGGCUCUUCCUGAUGGCCCACAACGGCAGCGGUACGGCGCUGUGGCCAAGCUGCUCGCGGCGUGUUUGUUUGAUUCUGACGAGUACACGAAAGCAGUUAUGUGUUUGGCGCACGUUGUACGUCUGCUUGAGAACGAUACGCACUCUCGGCUAUUGCUCACAUGCUGGUUAUGUUUUCUGGGGCACUGGUCACUGGCCAGGAUGCAGUUGAAUCGGAGGAUGAAGGAGAAGAAGCCAGUCACUGCCCAUUCAGCUGUCAUUGAUGGAGCCAUUGACUGCGCUAUAAAACUGCAUACUUCUAAUACCGAGGAUAGUUGCACGGGUGAUGCAUCUCCAGAGCAGCAGCAAGCCAUUGAAAAGGCAUGCUAUUACAAUUCAGUCCUCAGUCGGGAGAACGUGAAGACUUUCCAGCAGUAUCAAGCGCAAGUGCUAAUAAAG